AUGAUGGAUUCACCGAUUCAGUCAAACACACAAGAUUCAUCUCGAUCUUCAACUCCAAUACUAACAUCGCCGUUACUGCAACAACAAAAUAAACGUAAUUCACCAAGAGAUUUUGUUAUUCGCUUUCUCAGUCCAAAAAUAGCUGUAAUCUCCUCCAAGGAUGCCGAUCAAGUUUGUCAAGCUAAUAACAUUCCCGAUUUUUACUCACUGUUAAAACCUUUCGGGGAUCGAAUUGAGGGAAGAGUGACUGCACGUGAUUCUCAAGGAUUGUCAAAUACGCUAGAAAAUUUUACAAUUCGAUUUGCACAUCUAUUAAGUUUGGAACAACCUAAUGUUGAUACUCUCUCGCAGGCAAUCGCUGAAAAAAUAAAAUCGUUUGCAACCGAUAACAACAACACUCUGAAUAAAGAACUACCAAUCAUUACUUCAAAAUCUGAUGUCACCGAAGACUUUUUAGAAUUAAACCAAGAUGAUAUAACACCUUGGUAUGCAGAAUAUCGUAGACAAUAUUUUACAUUCACGGGAGCAUCUGAACAUGAGACAUUCGAUCAUCCUGUAGCAUGCAUCAUUGCUGUAAGUUCAUCAAAUCCAGAUCCUGUAAAAACUGCUAAUGAAUUGUUUAACAAUGACAAUCCAGCACCAAUAUAUGAAAAAGGUUUCAUGGAUCCAAAUUUGUUGAAAUGUUAUGUACUUUUACAUGAUAAUUAUAAAGUGAGCUUUGAACAUUCCCAGAUGCAAUUUGAUACGAUGAGACGUUCAUUUAAAACUCAUUGUUAUCAAAUAAAAUUAAAUCCUAUCUUACAAGCAAUACCUUCUGAUGAUCCUUUUCCCGAAAUUGGCGAUUUUCCACCACCUCAGAUUCCAUAUGGACAGCAAUAUUUAAGUGGUGAAGAUAUUAUUGGUAUCCAGUCUUUUGUACGAGAAUUGGUGAAAGCAAGUAUAAUUCCACAUAUGGAAAGAAACAUUCAGACAUUAAAUGAACAAGUUGCUUCAUCUAGACGUGGGAUAACUGGCCGAUUGUUUAGUGCAAGUAAACGUUACUUUGGUACUGGAUCAAAAUCUGCUAAUCAAUCACAACAACAACAACUUUCUCAAUCAUUUUAUUCUGAAAAAUUUGCAAUACAAAAGGCACAAAUGCGUAAACUUGCAGAUUAUGCUUUUAUGUUAAGGGAUUAUAAAUUUGCAUAUUCUAUAUAUGACACAGUAAAAAAAGAUUUUUCUGCUGAUAAAGAAUGGAAAUAUAGUGCAGGUGCACAGGAGAUGAUCGGUAUUUGUUUGUUAAUAGCCUUAACAAAAAUCAGUUCUAGAAUUGAUAUUGAUCAUCAUUUUGAACAAGCUGUCAAUUCAUAUCUUAAUAUUCUGAAAAUGCCUUUUUAUGCAACAAAGUCAACAUUAUUAUAUUUUGAAUUGUUGAAAUAUCGAGGAUUAUAUAAAGAUGCACCAUCAGCAUUGGUACGAGUGGCUGGCGAGGACUCUGAUCUUAGAAGUGCAUUGUUUUUAGAACAAGCCGCUUAUGCUUUCCUUAGAUGUCAAACACCAAUGGUUAGAAAAUACGCAUUUCACCUAAUUAUGGCUGGUCAUCGUUAUGCAAAGUGUAAUCAGGUAAAAAGAACAAUUCCAGCAUCAAAUGUUUUUAAAGAUCAUUUUUGGUCGUUGGCCGAGGAUCAUAUACAUUUCGCAUUAGGCAAACAAUCUUUUCAUUUGGGUAAAUUUGAUAAAGCGCUUAAAUAUUAUUUAAAAUUAUUGAGAACUAGUCGUCAAUCACCUAAUCAGCAAAAUACAUAUUUAAAAGAAUUCUUAACUAUAUAUAAGCCUGAUUUUGUUCCUCAAGAACUUAAAAUACCAAUUAUCAAAGACUCUUUAGUAAAAAUAGUUCUUUCAAAUUCUCAAUGUAGUGAAUAUGAUGAAAUUUGGGAAGGAAUGGAAAAAGAAUAUUUGGAGGAAACUUAUGUAGGCAUAGAUGAAUUUAAUAAGUAUGGAAAAAAACCUUCUAUAUUAAAAAAUAAUAUUUGCCAAACAGUUGAAUAUUUCUUUGUACAUAUAACUAUUGAAAAUCCUAUGCAAAAUCCAAUUAAUUUAAAUGAGAUUACGCUUGAAUGUGAACAUAUUUCACAAUCAAAUGAUGAAAAUAAUUCAACAAGUAUAAAUGAACUAAUGACUAAUGAAGAUAAGACACAGCCUAUCAAAAGUACAAAUAUUGGUGAACCUCAGAUGAAGAUAUUUGAUAACUUUGACCUAGAAACUCUUCCUGAAGUUUCGCUUGAUGCGCUAGAAAAAAAGACGAUAUCUUUACGAGUUUUACCAAAGAAGCGAGGAACUUUAAAAGUUCUUGGUCUUAGAUAUAGCCUUAAUUCUUUAGUUAAUGGAAUGAAAAAGUUUAAUAAACGCGGUAAACGUUUAGAUGACACCAAGGAAAACAGAAUUAAUGUAACUUAUACACCUGAUAAAUCAUUAGAACUGAUGAUAGCUUCUCCAAUGCCAUUACUUGAAGUUGAUUUUCAUUCUUUUCCAGAAAAUUUACUUUCUGGAGAAGUUAACCUUGUAGUUUUGGAGGUAAACAAUAAAGGUCAAAAAGGGCUUAAAAACUUGCGAGUAAAAAUGAGUCAUCCAAAUAAUGACAGUGAAGUCCAAGCAGUUAACGAAUUGAAAGCAUCCAUUGAAAGAUUAAGAAUAAAAAAUUCCUUUUUUGAUUCAAAAAUUAGAGAUAUACCUUUACCACUUCAAAGUGGUGCAAAUGGUGAUUUUCCAUCUUUUGCGUUAGCACCAGGAAAAAAUACUUUAAUACCUAUUUGGGUUCGAGGAGACAAAAUUGGAAAAUAUAUGUUUAGAUUUUUAUUUAUUUAUGAAUCUGAGAAUAAUGAUUCGGUCAUGAGUUAUCGAAGUCUCCGUUAUUUUCGAAAUACACAAGUUCAACAGUCAUUAAAGGUUAAUUCGCUCACUAGACCAAGUGCUCGUGGAUCGAAUGAAUUUAUAUUAUGUGUUGAGGUUGAAAACCUGCAAACAAGAGCAGAAUUUCACUUGUAUCAAUUUUCAUCGAUUAGUCCAUUAUGGACAGUAUCACCUGUAAAUAAAGAAACAAGGUAA